UGGACUCUGUCUUUGAAAGAGUUCUCUGGAAGUUGGAGGGGCGGGGCGAGCAGCGCUCUCCUGUCCUACCGGAGUCCUGCGCGGGAGUGUGAGGAAGAACUCAGCCUGUAGUCGCAGUCCCGGUGCUGUCCAGCUACUGUCCCGCUCCUGAUCAGGGGUGCACACAGGGUGCUGCCCAAAGGGUCGACAGGGCGCAGGCGCCGGCUUGGCAGAACGCACCGGCAGGAUGGUGGGGUUGGUUUUGCUCAAGGCGCUGGUCACCAGGCUGCUGUUCGUGCUGCACUCUCUGGUCGCUGUCUGGCGAGUGACCUGGGUGAAGAAAGAGCACCGUUACUGGCUGCUGGCCCUGCUCAACCUCUUGCUGGUCCUGGAGACAGUGCUCACCCUCAAGUUCAAGCGCGGCAGAGGCUACAAAUGGCUUUCUCCGGCCAUCUUUUUAUACCUGAUCAACAUCAUGCCGUCCUUGUGGCUCCUUGAAUUGCACCAUGGAAACCAGAAUUGCAGCAUCCAGGCACAGAACGUCAGCAGCGGAGGAAACAUCAAUCAAACCUCGACAUCCCAGAGACCUAUCAACGGAGUGGGAAAGAUCAUAGAUUUGACCUCGGGGCUCCUAGAUACUUUAUCCAGGGUAUGUGAUCCAGUCUGGACCCUAGGACUCCAUCAAACGCUGCUGUUAAUAUUGAUCCUUGGACGGUGGCUUCUGCCCAUUGGAGGCACUAUUACUAGAGACCAACUCUCAGAACUUCUUCUGAUGUUUGUGGGGACAGCAGCGGACAUACUGGAAUUCACCACUGAGACUCUGAAGGAAGAUAACGUUAGGACUAACCUUAUACUGAUCUGUGGCAUCCUUGCCGUAUGGACAUGGAGUAUGCUACAGUUUCCCCUGGACCUGGCAGUCCAGCUGAAACUGGUGUGCCCCUCUUCUGUGAAAGCCAGGGGCUUCCUCAGGCUCUUCCUGUGCCAGUACAGUGCAGAUCUAUGGGCCAUUGGGCUCAGCUUCUUCAUCCAAGAUGGCCCCUUCCUUGUGGUGCGCCUCGUCCUGAUGAUCUACUUCCGAGUGAUCAAUCACAUGCUGGUGUUCUUCGCCGUGAAGAAUUCCCUGGUGAUGGCGUUGCACUUCUAUCGGCUGGUGGCUUUGAUCAUGGCCACCCGUGCUUCUAUGCAAGACGGUCCAGAAAGGCUCCCAGCACAGCCCAGUGUCCAGGACCAGCCCUCUGAGAGCAGUCCCAGUGAGUGGGAGGACAUCUCCAGGGAGGCCGUGCCUUUGCAAACCUCGCCUGUCACCUCUGAGGAAUCCUACCCCAUACCUUAGGUGCUUGUUCCCCUCAUGCAGCCAGGAACUUAACUCAUUGUCUUCUUAGAGCCUGGUUCUCUUUCUACCCCCACCCCCACCCAAUGUUCACCUACAACAGCUUUUAAGGAAACAACACAAACAAAUGAUCUUGUAUUACAGGCAACUUACUCUUGAAUUUUUCAUCUGAAUAGAAGAAACUUUGAUGUGUGCCUACCGUUACAACCUCCUACCAUGGUAGCAGACAUUACCCAACUCUGAGAAACACUCGUAAGUGGUUGGUUCUCAUGGAACUGUUUGGAAGGUUGAAGACAGGGCUGACAUGGCACACCUUCCAAAGAUUUAGGGCUGACAAGUAGCAUCCCCACCAUCAACUCUCUAGCGUGACAUGGUUAUACAGAGCCUUUAACUGUGGUGGGACCAUCACACUCUCUCAUCUGGUGUUCUCUGCAUUGUCUCUCUGAUAUAUAUAUAUAUAUAAUGAGUGCAGAACAAAUGGGGGAAAUGCUUUUAAAAUAAGCCUGCUGUGAGGUGGAAGCUUGGAAUUCGAGCUGUCCAGCUUUUUCAGUGAAAAACAAAAUAGCCAUGGUAGCUUUACAGUCCCACCAAGGAAUAUCUUCCUUCUGGACCAAGGCGGUAUUCUGCCAUGGCACAUAUGUUCUUAGAGAAUAGUGACAACUUCAGGCGUGGGUGCACAAAGUUGACAGCCGGCCAUUUAGGUUCAACUACCAAGUUAGUUUGCUUUUUCUGCAUUGUCAAAGUGAAUCACAUGACCAGGUUGCAGGGAGCUCUGGCAGGCAGGGAUGGAGGAGUUUGUGGUCCUUAGUGUUGCCAUGGUUUCCGGUGGCAGCCAACAGCCACUGCAGGAGCAGCACCAGUAGAAGAGUGAGCCACAACUCCCGAGAUAUAUGGUCCCUGGUCUCAAGAACAAGGUGAUGGAUAGCGGUGCCAGCCACAUGCACAGGGCCUCCAUUGAUGCUGAACAUCACAAGGCACCCCAUCACCUCUUGGGGAUUUUGGUGGCUUUGUUUCCCGUGCCUGAAAUAGUCUUGCUCUUCCUUUACACAUCUCUAGACAUUCUUAAAUACGUGGUGAAUACUGGGCACGGCAAUCUAGCAAACAACUCUAAAACUGUACUAGAGUUCAAAGCAUCAAUCAACCCACACUAGCGUUCCCAGGAACUCUGAGUCAUUUAUUCAGGGGACUUCCUAAAUUGGACGUGACCAUUAGAUGAUCAGUUGGGACAUUUGUUUUUAAAGUAUGAAUUUCUGGUAUGGUAUAGUAUUUAUCUACCACGUUUGAUAACAUGUUUUUAUAAACAAGUUCUAUUUUGUAUACAACCACAACUGUUUUCUAGUAAUUUCUACGUCUUUGAUUUCUUGUGCUUCCCACUUUAGCAAUGUCAUGGUUGUAAACUGUGCAGGAAAGAAGCAGAAUGCCCUCGUAACUUUUCAUAAUAAUUGUAUGCAAGUUAAGAUUGUAUUAUAUCAAGUGGAGAAUGCGACAGCUUUGGAGGUAUAUUAUUUAACAUUCUUAGCAACUUGAGGACUCGAGGAGAUGUCUCAAGGUUAAGAGCAGGUAUUGCUCUUGCAGAGGACUGGGAUUCAUCCUAACACCCACAACCCAGGGCUUGCAAUGUCCUCUUCUGGUCUCUGUGGGCACUGACUAUGCUCAUGCACACACACACACACACACACACA